UUGUAAUACAUAUUGAAUAUAGUUCCCUGUGCUAUACAGUAGGUCCUUGUUGUUUAUAUAUUAUAUAUAUAUGUGUAUGUGUGUGUAUCUGUUAACAUAACUGAAUCUUAAUAACCCAUUCCACAGUUUUAUAGGUAUAUGCCUCUAGGUGAUAGUGACAUAAGAUCAACAAAUCCUAUGGCAUCAGCCCAUUUCUUCCUCUGUUAACUGAAACCUUUGGUCUAUAGCAAAGUGUGGGAUACCAUGACUUUGUAUAAGGUAUUCCAUAAGUUCAUGGAUGGUGGUGCUAGCAUGGCUUGAGUCCACGUUAAAUGUCUAUUACAGUGAGGACAUAUCAGUGUCUCCUCUGUGAUGGUUUUCCCAGAGUAAGGUACCAUAUCCAAGGUGUCAGUAACUGCUGGAAAAUUGGGUAUUAAGCAGUGACGGUUGAGGCAAGAGAAAGUCUCUGCUCAGCCCAGUCCCAGCCUCCUACCAUGAUUACUGUGAGUCCAAACUGGGAUAAAAAUACUGACUGAUGACUAUAGAACAGAACAUUUUGUUUCACCAAUUAUUAGGAACUCUUUCAAAGAGGGGGCUUUUGGUGAGUAUUCACAUAGGAUACAGUAUUUGCAUACUCAAGACCCACCCACACAUGCCAAACCUCCUUAGUAUCAGUCUUCUGAUUUUGUUUUUUCCAACAUGCCAAACCCUUAGCCUCUGCUCGUGUAUUGGUGUAGAUCCUUAACCUUCAUCUCGCCAUCUCUUCCUCUGGAAAAAGUACCACUAAAAGUUCCACAAAUGGAAGGAUUUCUCUUUUCCACUAUUGAGUGGAGUAGACUGAUGCCAGCAUAUUAUUUAGAGCCAUCUGUAAGGCAGACUUGAAUUAUUUUUCCCCUUUAACUAUAGGGAAAUCCACAUAAGGCCAUAGGUUGUGAGGGUGCUGCAGAAGUAGACAUGCUGGGUGUGUGAGCCUUGUUACUCUGGGUCCCCUCAGGUCCCACCCCUAUUCCUGCCUAUAUAUAUGACUUCUGCUUGAUGACAAAGUUCCCGCCUGGUGAAUCAGAGAACAUAUUUCUUGAUGAGCACUCAGAUUGCACAGUCAUCUGAUGUUCAGGUGUCUAGUCUCAAAGCCAGGUUUUAAGCCAAGAACCAUUUCUCAAAAGUGUAAUAGCUCAUGACAAAGAGGACAUGUCUGUAUUCUAAAAUGUCACACCUGUAAUUGUCCAGUGGAACUUUUCCCAGGCUUUCUUUAAAUCAUUUAUUCAUUCAGUGAGACUUUCAAAGCCCAGAAGGAAAUAGAUAUAAAAUAACAUGCAAAAGAUGUUGUUGCUUAUAAAGAAUUGUUACUCAUCAUUCUUUACAACUCUUGGAUUCUUUACAGGGAGGCCUAUCUACCUUGUUCUUUUAGGGUCUGUUCCCUGCCUCCUUAAAAUACCUUCAAGACCUUCUGAAGACCUAAGUGUCUCGACCCAAGAGAGGAAGUUCCAGAGAAAGAUAGAUGUUCCCUCAUCAUCUCUAUCAAUAACUCGAUCUUAUUACCGCAACUCGGUUGGUGGAUUUUUAGUAUUUGACAUUACUAACCGACGAUCUUUUGAACAUGUGAAAGAUUGGCUAGAAGAAGCAAAAAUGCAUGUACAGCCAUUUCAGAUUGUAUUUCUGCUAGUGGGACAUAAAUGUGAUUUAGCUUCACAACGUCAAGUUACAAGGGAAGAAGCUGAAAGACUGUCAGCAGACUGUGGUAUGAAGUAUAUAGAAACCUCAGCAAAAGAUGCUACAAAUGUUGAGGAAUCCUUCACUAUCUUGACAAGAGACAUAUAUGAGCUUAUUAAAAGGGGAGAAAUUUGUAUUCAGGAUGGCUGGGAAGGGGUUAGAAGUGGUUUCGUUCCAAAUACUGUGCAUUCUUCUGAGGAAGCAGUAAAACCCAGGAAAGAGUGCUUCUGCUGACUUCAUACAUGCCAAAGAACUAACAACAGAUUGGGUGUCAUUUCAGGAUAAAUACCAACAUUAACAACAGAAUGAUGUGAUGAAAGCAUUUUUAAAAGUUAUAAACCCAUGCUAACACUAUUUUGUAAGGUAUUUGAUUCAGAGCAAUAUGGUUACUUGUUAAACUACCAGAUUGGUAUUUUGCUAAAUUAUCAAGCAAAGCAGAAGACUUUUUCUGGAAACUGGAGUAUCUACAUAAUUGCCUCCAUUAUCACUUUGUUAGCAUAUAACUGACCAUAAUAUCCAAAUAUGUCAAUAUUACUCAUUUUUCUUGACAGUUUGAAAUGGAUGUUUUGUGCAUAUAUAAUCUGAUUGAAAAGAUUUUACCAGGAAUUACAUUCUCUAGUGUUAAUUAAUUAAUAUUAAAUAGUAAAGUGGAUUUAAAAGUGCACUGUUUACUUACAAAGUAAACAAUCACAGAGUUAUUAACUAGGCCUAAAAUAACAAUUCCUUGUUUAAGGUACCAGGUUUUUAACCAUUCUCUGAAAUAUUUAUUCUCCCUUAAUUUUGCCUGAACAUGAGAAGAUAAGUUUUAUAUUAAUUUUUGUUCUCUGAUUUAUUGCUCCUGAAAAUUUUAUGUUUUAUAAUGAUAUCUAAGGAUCCAAGCAAAAGGUUUUAUUGCAAAUAUUUGUAAAAAUAAAAAUGAAGGAUCACUAUCA